AUGGAUGGUGGGGUGAGCAAGAUACUGGUAUUUGGGGGAACUGGAUAUGUAGGUAAGUGCAUGGUGAAGGCAAGCAUCAAGAUGGGACAUCCAACAUAUGUCUAUGGAAGGCCACUCACACUCGAUACUAACCCCUCCAAAUUACAACUACACGAGGAGUUACAAUCCAUGGGCGUCACAAUCAUCCAGGGAGAAUUGGACGAGCAUGAGAAGCUUGUAUCAAUCAUGAAAGAAGUGGAUGUUGUAAUCUCUACACUUGCAAUCCCUCAGGUUUUGGACCAACUUAAUAUUAUCAACGCCAUGAAGAUUGCUGGUAAUAUGAAGCGAUUCAUUCCAUCAGAUUUUGGAUGUGAAGAGGACAGAAUAAUUGGUUUGCCCCCAUUUCAAGCUUGCCUUGACAAAAAGAAGAAGAUUAGAAGGGCAACAGAAGAGGCUGGGAUCCCUUACACAUAUGUUUCUUCAACUUGUUUUGCUGAAUACUUCUUUAAUCAUCUGUUCCAUCCACAUGACCAACCAGAGGAACUGGCAAUAUAUGGCACCGGUGAUGCCAAGGUGGCGUUUGCAUCUAAAGAAGACAUUGCCAUUUAUACAAUUAAAGUGGCAAAUGACCCAAGGACCUGCAACAAAACAGUCUUGCUCCGGCCUCCACACAAUGUUAUGUCUCAACUAGAAUUGGUAUCACUUUGGGAGAAGAAAACAGGUCGAAAUCAUAGGAAGGUUCAUGUUUCAGAGGAGGAGAUUGUGAAGCUUUCAGAGACCUCAGAACAUCCGCAUAAUGUACAAGCUUCAAUCCUUCAUAGCAUAUUUGUGAAGGGGGACACAACAAACUUUGAACUAGGAGAGGAUGACAUUGAGGUGUCAGAGCUAUAUCCGGACUUUGAGUACACAAAGAUUGACCAAAUCAUUGAUAGUUUUGUUGCUAAUCCACCAAAGCUCGAGUAUACAGCAUUUUGAUCCAUCCUAGAGUUCUUCGGUACGUACUUCUCACGGACUUCUUGGAUAUAUGAUAAGAUAAAAUAUGUCUUGUGGCUUUAGAACUUGUUCUCAAUAAUCAGUAUGAUUUGUGGAACUAAUAAGAUUGACCAACAAUCCAGUUGCUUGUAUGCUGUGCAUGAUCUCCAGUUUGCUGCAGUUUGGGCUUAUGUUUUGGUUUAGGCUUUCAAUGUUGUUUAUGUUCUGUUUUAUUUUUCAAUGUUGUGGCUUUCUGUAGUUUUAGGGGAUUUGAUGUUGUUGUUCAGUUCACUAAUUGCCUUAUUGGUUUCCAUGAAAAUGUGAAUGUUAUUUGUAAAAUUG